AUGCCAGUGGCUGGUCCCAACUACGACAAUAUUCAAUAUCUUCAUAAUUUUACGUUAACCUAUUCUAACAACUCGCUGGAGGGAAUGGGAGCCAUUGAUAAUGCCACCGAUGUGAACAGUCAAAUGGCUCAGAGUUUGAAGUCAGCUAUCAAUCUUGCUCUACCCGGAUAUCUAGCCUCUUCAAGGAACUCCUCUACGUCUUCUAGUGGAGUCAUGGGAUCUUCUACUACUGUACCAAUGACAUCUAGUACUAAUAUGCCUGAAAGACAGAAGCGACAAGUGAUGGCCACCUCCACCACCAUGGCAUCUGCUCCUGGGCCAUUCGGGGAUACUGUAGCCUCUGGAUCUUCUGGAUCUUCUGGAACCCAAAGAUCGUCUACCCUAUCCCCUCUAGGCCCCGCCUCCACCACCCAACCCUAUGGCACCGACGAGGAGUUCUACGCUCGCACGGAUCUCGUCCACUUCCACGUGGACAUUAAUGAUCUGGAAGGUUCUGGAGCAAUCUGA